AUGGCUAGUCAAUCUGUCUGCAGCCCAUUCAGUCCGGAGAUGGAGGAUGAAUCCCUGCAUCUUAUCCCAGUCCCAACUGGGAAAAAGCGCAUCCCAACCUUUGAUACUUAUCAAGCAAGCAGAUGCCAAAAACUAGAAAAACAAUGUGUCUUCUUCGAGAUACCAAAAGACCCUGUCUCAGAGCGGAUUGAAGGCGUCGAGUCCGAGGUUCAGUAUCUCCGAAACCAAAUGGAGAAGAUGCGCGAGCUACUUGAACAGAGUCGUGCGCAGCUUUCUCCAGAAUCUCGAUUAAGCCACUCCCCGAGCCAGCUUCGAGCUCGCCAGCAAGUAUGCCACGAGAGCGCUUGCAGCUCCUCGGGUACCCAGCAUCCGCCCCCAAGGAACCAUAACCAUGAUUUUGGAGCUAUAUCCUCCAUGGAAUCUGGAUACUCAAAUGGUCAUCAAUACCAAAGGUCUUUGCCGGCGUCUAUACCGACCCUGUCGCCCAAUGAGGUUUCAGCCCAGCCUCUCUACGCACCCAAUCGAGUUGUCAACAGACCACUGAAAAGGAAAAGAUCGGGGUUUGAGAUUCGGGAAGACCCUAUAGCCGACUUUGUCGACAAAGGGCUCAUCACAUUUGACUGCGCUGUGUCCUACUUCAAUACGAUAGGUACAUCCCGAUCUUUGACCCUCAAUACGACACUUUUGAUUCAAUUCGGUCCCGAAGUAGCAUUCUUCUCAACGCAAUAUGUACUAUUGGCUGCAUGGUCGAGACGAGUAACAUUCUUAGGGUCUGGUGGCCCGAUAUCCGACCUUCUCCAUGUUGAACUUAAGAAGUGGAUUAAUGUCAUAAUUCAAAAUAAGGCACUCAACUCUCUUGAAUCGGUUCAGGCAAUGCUCAUAGUUGCCUGCUAUUCCAAAGAGCGCUCUCUGAUGCUUUCUUUCGCUACCCGCAUGGCUCUAGAUCUGGAGUUGCAUGAGGCUUUUGACGAACUAACCCAGAGACUGGCGCUCCGAAACGAAGACAUCGCUUAUGCUUUGCCUCAUCAGAUGUUUGAAGAAGAGAGAGCUCUUAUGUGGAAGUCUCGAACUUGGUUUGGUCUUUUGGUCCUGGAGCAUAUAUUUCGCGUUGAUGGAGGGAAGCCACCUGGCAUCCGAUUGAAAGGAAAUUCUCGACGCUGUCGGGUUUUACUUAGCCACCCUUCUUCAACAAUUCUGGAUUUACGGUUAUUCUCUCAGGUCGAGGUGAGUACUACAAGUAUACGAGCCCAGCUUCCAGAUAUUAAUUUGUGUCAUCAGUUGAACAUUCUCAGAGCGAAUGUGGGUGAUACCCUUGGCGGAAACACCUCGCUCGAUGGACCAAGCAUCGUGGAUUAUGUGCAUGAUAUGAAGAUUGAGCUGGACCUGUGGUUUGAUGAUUGGCUACGCAUAAUCGAAAGUUGCGACGCCGCUGCCGACGAAAAGCCAUCUCUGCUCGUCGCCCUUCGAGUACAAAAAUGCUGGGCCGAGAUGAUGCUCAAUUGCAAAGCAUUGCGAUCAAUGGGAGUCGAGAACGUAGCGCAAGUGAUGCUCUUCUCAACACCCCAAGUCCGUACUAACGUAGCACUCAGUGCCAUGUCUACGACCGAGCGAACCAUACUUCUUACGGCAAAAGCUAGUGCGCGUCGACAUCUCCGUCUGAUCAUCAUUGACCCGGACUUCUAUCUUGCCAAGUUGAAAUACGCAAUGGAUUUUGUCUGGGCCAAGUGCGCGUUCUCAUUCCUUUUGCUUCUGAAACUAUCCCGACUGCUUCCCGAGCGUGAUGAAGAGCACCAAGAGCUCCUAGAACAUGGCAAUCGACUUGUCGACGAGCUAAGCAAGGCCGGUGCUAGUGGCACACAGUCCGGGGCUGGGAACAUCUAUCUUCAGAUCUUGAAGGUGAGUAUUGAGAAAUUCGGACGUGCAUUAAUGGAGACACAGCAGCCCGGCUCGGAUGGACCCGCUGCCACGUCGCCGUUCUGGGAAUUGUUUGAUGCCCAGGCUGAUCUGCAGUGGUUUGUACCCGAGCAAUUUGUUUCCGAGUGGGACUUUCCGGGGCUCAAUCUGUUUUAUUUCCCCACUGCUUGGCAGGAUUUCUUCGGUGAUUUUUCGUUGGCUAUGUAG